AUGGUUUUCACAAAGUCUCUCACUCAGACAGACGUAGAGAGCAAACUGAUGGUUCCGAACGAAUUCUUCAGGGAGUUUCCUCCGUCGCAGAAUGGCGGCGCAGUGGAUCUCCUCGUCCGAAACCAGAACGGCCUCAUGUGGACGUUUCGCAUGUCGAGUAUCCGAGCAGGAUCGAACCGAUCCAAGCUCGUCGUUUCGGCGGGUUGGCUGUCGUUUGUUCGCGACAGGAAACUCCAGAGCGGUGAUUGUCUCUCCAUUUAUAAGGAGGGAAGUGGCGAGAGAACGUACAGAAUCGAAGUCAAGAGAAGAGAAAGAGGCAAGGGCUCCGAUGGUGAGUGGACUCGCCUUGUGUGA